GUAAAACGCCCCUCCUCCCAAGGUCAGAAUCUCCAAUUGAAUAGCCGCACAACAAGUUCAGAAUCUUCUUGGCUUCUCAAUCUCUCCCCCCCUCAUCGUUCCUUGCAUCGAGCCUCGACCUCAAAGCACGGAAACGACGAUCGACUCAACUUUACCCGUGUGAGAAAAGCGAGGAUAGAACCGAUGAAGAUUUCCCUCUUUUGGGUUCCUGCGAAUCCAAGUUUCUAAUCCGGGGAAAAAUUCUUGCGGACCGAACGAACGUCGUUUAGUAAAACCAUGCCCGCAUGGCGGCUCUUCGUGUCGCUCCUCCUCCUCCUCUGUCGGCCCUGUCUCACGGCCAGGAGCGCGCCGGGCUCCGUAACGGUAAUAACCGUCGACGCCGCCGCCCGGAACGCCACGUGGCGGGACUUCUCGAGGUUCCUGGACGCCGGCAGGGGGAGCCACGUGGACGGCAUGUCGGAGCUCAAGAGGUACUUCAGCCGGUUCGGGUACUUGCCCGUCGCGCCCGGCUCCGACUUCACCGACGUGUUCGAUAACGAUUUCGAGUCCGCGAUCGUCGCGUACCAGACCAACCUCGGGCUCGCGGUCACCGGGGAGCUCGACUCCGAGACCAUAUCGGCCGUCAUGUCGCCCCGGUGCGGCGUCGGGGACGCCGGCGACGGCGCGCGGUCGCUGCGGCGAUACGCGUACUUCGCAGGGAGGCCGCGGUGGGACCGGGCGGCGCCGGCGACGCUCAGCUACGCGCUCUCGCCGGAGUACACGGUCGGGUACCUGAGGCCGGAGGACGUGAGGGCGGUGUUCCGGCGAUCGUUCGCGCGGUGGUCGGCGGUGAUCCCGGUGAGCUUCGUCGAGGCGGCGGAGUACAGGACGGCGGACAUCCGGAUAGGGUUCUACCGCGGGGACCACGGGGACGGGGAGCCGUUCGACGGGGUGCUCGGGGUGCUGGCGCACGCGUUCUCGCCGGAGGACGGGAGGGUCCACUUCGACGCGGCGGAGAGGUGGGCGUUGGAUUUCAAGGUGGAAAGGGCGAAGGUGGCGGUCGAUCUGGAGUCGGUGGCGACGCACGAGAUCGGCCACGUGCUGGGGCUGGGCCACAGCUCGGUGAAGGAGGCGGUGAUGUACCCGAGCGUGAAGCCGAGGACGAGGAAGGUGGAGCUGAGGAUCGACGACGUGGAGGGGGUUCAGGCGCUGUACGGGUCGAACCCGAAUUUCAGGCUGAGCUCGCUGUUGGAGUCGGAGAACUAUAAGAACGGAGCCGUUGGCGGCGGCGGCGGCGGCGGAUUGGAGUGGAGGUGGUUUGCGUGGUCCACAUGGUUAGUGGCUCUGGUGGAUUUGAUGUUGCCUUUGUGGUUGUGAGCAUGACUGAUGAGUCAUCGGUGAUGACAUAGCCUUAGGUUAGCUUUUGCCUUUUGGGUUUAAACUUUAAAGAGAAACGCCAGCAACUGUAAAUACUGUUCAGCUUUACUGAUACACAGUUCAGCCAAACAGAACUUUAUUGGCACACAUCGAUUCACAAAGCAAAAAGGUGCGACAGAAAUUUUCUUUCAUUGGGUAUUCUGAGCUUCUUGGUAGAGAAAAGAGUAGCGAUUUGUUGUUCUUCAAUUGUUGAUAGUUUCUGUUUAGUUCAGGUGGUUUCAUGCAAACUUCUGCAUGAGCUCGGCAUAGUAGCUGAUCUUGAAAAGUUCAUGUCCUUAGUUGAUUGGGCUUGGACGGACUUAGGCAGGCUAAGAAAGAAAUUGCUUAUUCGGAUC